CCACAGAUCAGCCACGGCCUGGUGCCUGCAGCCCCACUUUACUCACCCUUCCCCUCCCCUCCUCCUUCCUUCCACACAGCAAGCCUACCUUUCUCCAUCCACGCUCACCAUAGCCCCCUUCCUUGUGACCUGGACCCUCCAUUGUACCUGGCUGACACUGUCAGCCUCCUGGAGGAGUGGGGUCCACCUUCUUCUUGCCCUAUGCAGUGCAAGCUCACUUCUCACCCAGCAAGGUCGACUCAUCUGCCUCCAUGUCUCUGGGGCUUUGCUGUUGCCCUGAAACCUAGCUGGGCUGGUCUUGCUCCCAGCUUGCUUCCCCCUCCUCGGAUGUCCCUUUGCAGGCCCCUGUCGUUCCUCCGGCACCAGUGUCCUUGGCUGCCAUGGCAAGCUCAUCAGGGGCUUGUACCGUGGUCACCAAGCAUGGUAGCAGCUGCCUGCAUUCUAUCUCCAUCUGGUCACUGCAGGUGCCAACCCUUCAUCCCCCAUAUUUUCCUGGGCCGUGGAGGGCUGACCUCCAUUUCUGGGGAAUGUGGCUGA